UUAUAGCAGACGUGUUGGAGUAAAUAUGGUGAUGAUUGCACUGCUGUUAGGAUAGCCUGAUAUAAUGACAUUGGCCUGCUUUUUGUGUGUGUUUGGGUGGGUAUAGAGUUUGUGGUGGGCUGGUGUGAAUCAUGCAACACAACCAAGUCCCACGCUGGGCCUGGGCGUAUCUGUGAAUUCAGAACUUGAACUAAGUGAAAUAUUGAGAAAGAGUGAAUAGAAAGCAGAAAUUGUCGGUUUAGUGGUCAGUUUCAUGCUGCUAGUUCUUGCUCUUUCGCUUCACUUCACUUGAUGUGUGUGCUCUGUGGUGACAGCUUGUGAAACUUUUGCCUCCAGAGACUCUGAAUGAAACUUGAAAACACCUCGCUCUUCUCUGCACAUCCUUCCUGUGUUCAUUUUGGCACAGCAAAGACGAGCGGGAUAACUGCCAGAAUGGAAUGCUGGAGUGUGAAUCCUUUUCUUCUGAUACUCCUCACUGGGCUCAUACACACUGUCACUGCAGAGAAGAGAAUGCUGGACAUGGCUCCUGAUGCUGUCGAUGACACCUUCUCAGAGUGUCGUGACAAAAUGAUGCAGAAAGUUACAGCACAAGGCGGCCUGUUGCAGAAAGAGCUCAAGGCUAAUAAGGAUUUUGCAGACAUGUGGAGGGGUCACGGUGGGACUUGUGAGAAGCAAAUUUAUAGAGGGCGAGCACAUCACUUGGCUGCACUGCAGGCUUAUGGGAAUUCUGGAGUUCAUUUCCGAAAAACGUUCAACAGACUGAUUCAGACUAAAGGCAGCAACGCCACAACAUACAAUGACGAAUUUCCCUUCAAGUCUCUUCACUUUCUGCUAACAGAUGCUUUGCAACUUCUUAACUAUAGCAAAACAUGUUCCACCGUGUACUUUGGCACAAACAACCAAUAUACAGCAGAAAUUGGGAAGGAGGUGCGUUUUGGGAGGUUCAUCGGUGCCAGUAUCCGUGAGAGCCUUGAAAUUGAACAAAUUAUCACAGCAGAUGAAGGCACGCUGUUCAACAUCAUGUCCUGUUCUGUGGUUAAUGUUGAGAACUUCACGUGCACUUCUGAGGAAAUUGAACGGCUUAUUUCCCCAACUGAGGUCUUCAGAGUGCAGAGCAUCGAGACUGCUUCAACUGAUGAUGUUGACUAUAAAAUAAUCACUUUAACACAUUCAGGCUUUCUGAGCAACCAUGACUGCUACCUUUUUCAGAGGCCUCCUCAUGGAUCCUCCAGUCCACUGCUGAGCUCUAUGGUUCUGGCACUGAUGGCGUCCUUUCUGAGUCUGUACUACCGCACUGUUACACAGUGACUCGCACAUUCAUAAACACAAGCAACAACGACACCUGCAGAAUUGCUAAAUUUGCUAAUUAUGUCAUUGAUUACAUUAUUAUAGUCAUCUUUAGUCUCACAGGGCCAGACAUGUACUCUCAUUAUGACAUCACAAGAUCACAACUUGUUAAACUUUAAGUGCUGGACUGUGAAUUCCACCAAUAAUAAGGGUAUGCCCCCUCUGAAACCCACCCCCAAAUUCCUCUAGUCUGUCUAUUUUGGAAAUACAUGUUUUUCUUUGUACAGCAAUGAUAUGUGUCUUGUGCCCUGUCAACGUAUUAUUUGAAGUUUCAUUAACUCUUUUAUUUUUAAGGCAGCCUGGUAACUAACUUUAAGUUACAACACCAUUUUUACAGUGCUUUUGUGUGUAUCACUGAAAGAGAG